ACACUACCUUUUUGGCUUGUGCCGGAUAAAGGGAACAGGGGAGAGCUGGGCGCCACACCCAGUCAACCAGCGGUUCCAACCGCUAAUAACCGCCGAAAAAUCGAAAGGGCCAGAAUCACUCUUGAGAACACGUGCCGUGUCGUAGUGCCCUUGAUGGACUGCUUUUUAGAAAAUGGUAGACUACCAUUAAAAGGACAGUUCCUUCCUCAAACUGCUCUUCUGCAAAACCCUAACCUCUUACUUCACUCUCACUCAUGGCUAUUCAAAUGCACCUAUGCGUAGCCGUGGCACUCUUGGCUUCCUCCUCUUUCUUCACAGCCUCCACUUCUGGCCUCGCACAAUCAGGUAUUUUUCACCAUCUGUUUGAUCGCUGAGAAAACUCAGGAAAUGAAAUGGAAAUCAGUUUGAAGUCGCUACAUUUUCUGUUGUUGAGUUCCAUGCGUGUCAGAUGAAGUACCGAAACCGAGUUUUGCUUUCAGUUGGUUAGACGAUCUUAAUACAUUUGAAGCCGGUGGGAUUGCAACCAUAAAGAUCAAAGUACUUGGAGACUUUGACAGUAGAGGGAAUGGUUCCCUUGAUGAACGUGCUUUUAAUCCAACACUCACUAUAAAUGGGAAGAUGGGAAAUAGUUCCUAUAUUUCCGGAGUUUCUUCAAAUCUCGAGGGUGAUUCUAGUAAUUGGAGAAUUUCAUUCACUCCAAUCAUGGCUGGGGUAUUUAAUGUGAUUAUCAGCGACAAACAUUUCGGAAUCUUAGAUUCAUCUCUUCAUUUUGAAGUGCUGGAAGGUUUUAAUUAACAUUAUAUUCUGAUAUCAUGGUGUUUUAUUUUAAUCCUCAUGAAAAUAAUGCUUACCACUUUUGUUCAUUUUGCAUUUUUCUAAACUAUGGAUUAGCAUAAUUUCAAUUGAGGUCCCAUUUGUUUAAAAUUACCUUCAUAUCAUUUGUUGGUGAAGCCAAUCCCCUUGAAUGCUCUUGCCUUAGUGUUCAAGUAAUAAAACUAAUUUAGUUUCUGACAUUUUCCUGACUGUUUUAAUUGGUGAAGCCAGAGCCUUCAAAUGCAACUUGCCUCUAUUUAGAAACAGAACGAUGUAGGUGGUGAGAGCUUGCUGAUUCUUUUAAUGUUUGGUGUUGAGUACCUCAGUUAGAAAUUGAAGUAAUAUAAUAAGUCAUGGAUCAACCUGGGCACAAUAAACUAGAAACUUGUAGUUACUAAUUUGCUGCAGUUGAGUACAAUCAUAACUUGCUCCUGUCAGGGAAGUGCUUUUAUGCUAGUGUCCAAUAUAUUGGGGCUGCAAAAUUGGACUUUCUUUCAUUUAUUUUUCACAUAAUUUUAAGCAGUUCUAUUUUUAGUGUUUUCAGAUUUUGUCUUCAAAAGAUACUCCUUAACUCAACUAUCACUGCAUGAUUGAAGGGCAUUUAUACCCAUCUGUUUGUGUUGCUUCAUGGAUGAGUCCUAUAAACGAAUUUGUAGCUGGCACAAGAGUCACAGUUCUGAUACUUCCUAGAGAUGCCUUUGGGAAUAAUAUCUCUUCUUCAAGUGAUGAUCCAAAUUCUUCUAAUUUUAUAGUUUCUGCAUCUAAUGCAACUGGUUCAGUGGCAAACCUUCUCAAUAUCACCAACCUGGGAUGGAAUAAAUUUGGCUACAUCAGCAUUGAGUUGAAUGUGGCCACAGCUGGAAGCCUGUUGUUACAUGUAGAAGGGGAAAAUCAGGCUUUGAAUGGUUCUCCACUACCAUUUAAGGUGAACCCAGGACCACUGGAUGUCGCCAACUGUGUGGCAACAUGGAAUUUUGGGACAAAUGUACUACAAAUAUUUUCUAAAGUGGAAAUCUUUAUACAUCAGCAAGACCAAUAUGGGAACCUUGUUUCAGGAUUGUAUGCAUUUGAUGCUCAAGUUGUCGAAAAGGAGACAAAUUUGUCUAUACCUGUAGCAGAUUUACACUUUGAAGAAGUGUUGCCUGGAAUUCAGUUAUUUUCAUUCAGUGUAUUGGAACCAGGGAACUUCAUUCUGACAAUAUUUGACACAAAGCAGAAUAAGAGCAUCUCCAAUAUGCCCUAUGACUAUACUGUCUUUGUAGGUUAUUGCGAUGGGUUAAAGAGUGUCAUCAAUGGAUCUGGUUUAGAUAAUUCUGUUGCUGGAGAAAUGUCACGUUUUACUAUUUAUUUGAAUGAUAUUUAUCAGUAUCCCUCCCCAGUUGAAUUAGAAUGGCUUCAAGUGCAAAUUGUGCGGGUAAUCGAUUCCUAUCAUCUACUUCCAAGCAUAUACCCAAUGCAGAUUGUCAAUGGAAGCAGGCUGAAUGGAACACUGAGCUAUGAUGCCACCAGUCAUUUAGAAAUUUCUCCUGCUCCAUCUGUUGAGCUGAAUGACACUUCUGUUGGGAACUCGAUAGUUCAGGCAAGUGCUUUAAAUGUCAUUUAUACACCUGAGAAGAGUGGGAUUUAUGAAAUUCGUUUAUUUUGUGGAAAUAUUGAGUUGAAUAAUGGUCGCACAUUCACAAAGGAAGUAAGAGCAGGUGAGGUUAAUAUGACGCUUUCAGGAGUUGUCAAGUAUGCACCCAAAGUACCAAAGUUGAUUAAAAAUGAAAUAGUUGUGAAGCUAUUGGAUUCAUUUUCUAAUCCCAUAACGUUGCAACAAUCAAGACUCAAACUAGAGAUUGGUUCAAUUAAUAGUUCUGGUUUGAGUUGGAUGUUUGUGGAUAACAAUGAUGGGUCAUAUGUUGCUCACUAUCUGGCUAAGGAUGUUGGCACUUAUGAAUUAUGUGCUUCUUUUGAUGGCAACCAUUUCUUACCGUGUCCCUUUGGGGUCAAUGUAUACAGUAGUGAAUAUUUUCCUAAAGCCUAUGAUGAUGUGGUAUCUGUCUGGGAAGAUCAGUCAAUCGCUUUUGAUGCUUUAGAAAAUGAUUACUUUGCUGGUGACAGUGCAAAUAUUACUGACUCUUCAGAACCAGAUCAUGGAUCACUUCUACAGUAUGGAGGACUCUUUAGAUAUACUCCCUAUAAGGGUUUCUUCGGAAAUGAUUCUUUCAAUUACACAAUAUCUGAUGUAAAUGGAAAUCUUGCUACUGGUGCAGUACAUAUAUCUGUUCUUAGUAUCCCACCUCAGUUUGUUUCCUUUCCAAGUCAGUUGCAAGCAAUUGAAGAUAUGAUAAGUCCCAGAUUUGGUGGUUUCCCUGGUUUUGAGAUAACAUAUUCAGAUAUGAUGGAGAACAUAUCUGUUAAUUUAAGUGCAGAAUAUGGGACGAUUUUUCUCUCUCCUAUGCUGAUGCAAUUUUGGCAGCCAUUGUCGAGUGGACUUUCUGUCAACAGAGGGGAUGGAGAAGCUGAGGAUUUGAUUUUGGAGGGUCGUGCUGAAGUAAUUAAUAUUGCCCUUCAGUCAAUCAAAUAUCUUGGAAAUGAGAACUUUUGUGGUGAUGAUGCCAUCCAAGUAUCUACCAUGAAUAGAAAUGGAAUAAAUUAUUUGAAUGUUCCAGUCUUCGUGGAACCUAUCAAUGAUCCUCCAUUUAUUCACGUUCCUGAAUUUAUUAUCUUGAAGAAUAGUAAAGAAGAUGGUUCACUAAUCUUUGAUAGAGAACAAGACAAGUUUGAGUUUUUCAUUGGGGAUCCAGAUCUUCUUUACGUCCCUGGUGGUGAAUCUCUUUUUGUGGUAAUGUUUUCUGUGGAGGUCAAUUCUGGAAGUCUGGUUGUCAAUCUACCGGCUGAGCUCAUUAAUACAACUGAACUGAAGCUAAAGAAUAGUUAUCAAUGGCAAACUCUUCAGACUUUUGUUACCAUCUCAAAACAUUUUAUGGUCAAAGCAAAGGGAAUUAGAUUUCGGGGAACAGUUAAUGACUGCAACUAUGUCAUGCAACAACUAAUAUAUCAAGGUGGAGAGCAUGGUGCUGUUUUAACAGUGACAUUGAAUGACAUGGGAAAUUAUGGGGGUUGUCCAGACUCCGCUGAAAAGAUAUCAAUGCCCCUGUUUACUGAAGCUAGCGUAAAUCUAAUAAGACGAAGCCCAAUGAGUUCAUUGGUAGCUCACACCCUAGGAUCAGCAAUUGUCGUUGAAUUCGUCGUGGUGUUUUUUCUUGGUGUGCUACUUUUAUUUUUCACAUGCAGAUGUGCAAUUGUUCUCAUAAAUGAAAGACGAAGCUGUGAUGUCAAGAAUAUUAGGCUAUCUAAAGUAUCAAGUUUGCAUAAACCAACUCCCAACACAGAUUUAUCUACGGAUGUGACUUACUUCACUGGUUGUUGUCCAAGCCGCUUGUUACUUACUGGCCGGCCUUCCGAUUUCCACCAGAGCUUCAGGUCACACCACCAUUCAAGAAAUGGAGACUCCGGAGACUCUGCCCAAGACACUUUCGGGGCCUCUCAAUCUUAUAGUGAUCGCUAUCAACGGACUCCUCUUCCUAGUUCCAUGCCGCUAGCUAUUGAAAAGGGGAAGAGUGUGACGGUUUGAGCUGGGCCAAAAAUCCAAGGAACUUAGUCUUUCCUUGGCAUUUUGAUUGUUUGUUAUGUAUGGGGUAAAUUACAAAAAUCACCGUUGUAUUUUCAUUUGCCUCUGGGUUUAACUCCUCUUAACUCGCAAGUCUCCUUAACCCAUAAUUUUUAAAAUCAUUGCCUUUUCAUAAGAGGUGUUUUGGUUCUGCAA